CGACAAGACAACUGUGAUGAGCACAACAACAACAACAAGAACAAGAUCAAUAUGAAUGUCCAGGAUAAAAUUGUCAUUGUUACAGGAGGCCUCUCUGGCCUCGGCGCAGCCACAGUCAAGCUGAUGCGCAGCCUUGGUGCUUCGACAGCAGUGUUUGACUUGCAGCUUCCAAAAGGCGCGCCGGGCAGUGCAAUUGAAUUGCAGGGCCAGAAAUAUUUCAAAGUCGACGUCUCAAAGACGGAGGAUGUUGCUGCGGCGGUGGAAGGUGUCGUUGCGUGGAGUAAAGAGACGAAGAAGCCCAUUGCUGCGGUAGUUUGCUGCGCUGGGUUUCUUGGUCCAGCAAAGAUUCUCUCAAAGAAUGGUACCCCUCUAGCACUCGAAACCUUCAAAAAGGUCGUCGACAUCAGCCUCACCGGCACAAUCGACGUCAUCCGCCAACUGGUGCCUCACAUGUCAACGCAGCCCGCCGACAGCGACGGCUCCCGCGGCGUCAUCAUCACGGUCUCGUCAGCAGCCGCCUUUGACGGGCAAGAGGGCCAGGUGUCCUACAGCGCGGCCAAGGGCGCGAUUGCGUCCAUGACGCUGCCGCUUGCGAGGGAUCUCUCGCGGUGGGGGAUCCGGGCGGUGUGCAUCGCGCCGGGGAUGUUUGACACGGGCAUGGUGGAGGGGAUGCCGGGUAAGGCGAGGGAGAGUUUGAAUAAGACGCUUGAGUUUCCGGCGAGGGCGGGGAGGCCGGAGGAGUUUGCGCAGAUGGUGAGGAGUGUGGUUGAGAAUGGGAUGUUGAAUGGGACGGUGGUGCGGUUGGAUGGGGCGGCGAGGAUGCCGAGUCGGUUGUAGGGCUGGA